GCAUCUAUAUAUAGAUAUGUUGUCCCCCUGUCAUCCUCUAUGGACACAGCAGCCGUGGUAGCAAUUGCCUGAAGACACCACAGGCAGGAUCAGUCCUUGCAGCCUCCAGCAACUGCCAGUCCAUGAUGUGGGAACUGCGAUCCGUAGCCUUCACCCGGGCUGUCUUUGCAGAAUUUCUGGCGACUUUGGUCUUCAUCCUCUUUGGCCUGGGCUCUGCUCUGAACUGGCCCUCAGCCUCCUCCCCGAGCAUCCUUCAAAUUGCACUGGCUUUCGGCUUGGCCAUCGGCACGCUGGUCCAAGCCCUGGGGCACAUCAGUGGAGCCCACAUCAACCCUGCAGUGACGGUGGCUUGCCUCAUCGGCUCCCAAGUCUCCUUCCUCCGCGCAGUCUUCUACGUGGUGGCCCAGCUCCUGGGGGCCGUCGUGGGGGCUGCCAUUUUACAUGAAAUCACCCCAGCAGACUCCCGAGAAGGGUUGGCCAUCAACAAGCUGCACAACGAGACGACGACGGGGCAGGCGGUGACCGUUGAGCUCUUCCUCACCUUCCAGCUGGUCCUGUGCAUCUUUGCUUCCACCGACGAACGUCGGGAGGACAACCUGGGCUCUCCUGCCCUGUCCAUUGGCCUUUCUGUUGCCGUGGGGCAUCUCCUUGGGAUCCGUUACACUGGCUGCUCCAUGAAUCCAGCCAGAUCUUUCGCCCCUGCUGUGAUAGUCGGAGACUUCAGCGACCACUGGGUCUUCUGGGUGGGCCCCCUGGUUGGGGCAGCAGCAGCCUCCAUCAUCUACAAUUACAUCCUCUUCCCGCAAGCCAAAACCUUCUCAGAGAGACUCGCCAUCUUCAAAGGCUUCGAGCCGGAGGAGGACUGGGCAGAGCGCGAGGUCCGUCGGCGGCAGUCGGUGGAGCUUCACUCCCCACAGACCCUGCCGAGGGGGAUGUCUGAGAAGGUGUAGCCAAACCUCCCGCCGUGCUGAGAGAGGAGCUGGGGAAAACUCUGGCAUCCAUUUUAGAGACGGUGCUUGUUCAGAUGAGCGUUUCACCUCUCCCCUCUCUCCCUUUAUUUUUGCUGGUGGACUAAAGUUGGCUCAUCUCCUGGGGAGAUGCACUGUGAUGGUCCAACCCACCUUCUGUCACCCAGCUCUCCCCACGGCCAACGGUUUUCUGAUGCUGGGGGAAAAUGCCAUUAAAUCAAAACCAGCAGUGUAGCAACAGGAACGAGGACACUGGGAUCCCUGGGCCGGCUCCUUCCACGCCCCCCUUGCAGGAGGUAGCACUCGCUGGAGUUUGUUGCCCUUCACGAAGAGCUCCGAGGCACUGCGGAGACUUGUUAUUACAGCCAUUUGCUGGGUGUGGAGGUUGCCACCCGAUGCCUCAUUGCUGUUGAACUCCGUUCACCUGUCUCCCAUUUCUUCUUGCUGCCCAACUGUUUGCACACACGCGCACAGAGGAGCACUCGCUCCAUGCCAUAAGUAUCCCAACAAACUACAAGUUUUGCUCCUGCGAGGAUCCAAAUCGCCAUUUACCACCCUCUACGGGACGCAGAUGCUCUUCGCUCAUGUGGAGGCUUUCCUGAGAAGAUGGGACUUGAGUCCCUGCUGACCCCAUUGGGGAGCUCUUGCAACUGCUCACUCCUAUGACAAUGAGAAACCUGCUGAUUUUCAGUCCAAAUUCAUCCAUGGCUUGUUUGUUCUCGGACCAGUGUUGUCCUUUAGCUUCGAUGCUUCACUCUGUCCCUGGUUUUUGCUUUCUUUCCUCUGUUCCUGUUCCACAAUGAUUCUCAGAUGAGCAACACAAAGCAUUUCAGGUGUGAUCUUCUCCAUCACUUGCUUCCUAUAGCCCAGACCUUUUCCAUGGCUGCAUCACGCCAAAGCCUCAUAACCAUCCCACCACCCCUUUCUUCUGCUGUGUCAGGACCUGGUUAUGGUCCCCAGCCUAGUCAAAGAAUUUGCGUUAGUCUUUGGGAUGCAACUUUGCUCUUUCAACCAUUAGUUUAAUCCCAUUUCUAUUACUUAGCCCAAAAGUCAUACAUUUCCACAUGACAUCCUAAUGCUUUUUUCUGUUGCUGAUGUCACCCCAGCAUUGCAUCAUCACAAAAUGUCAUCACCACAUUCAGGCUUUUUCUGCUAAGGCUGUUAAUGGAAAUAUUCAAUGAGAUUGGACGCAAUUCCAAAACAUAAGGAACAUUACCGAUCAUUUUUCUCCCUCUGUUUUGACAUGAACCACCACCAAAUGAUGCUCUUCUCUUCCUCUUUGCUCUACUUCCAAUUUCCUCCUUCUAUUGAAUUCAUAAUUUCCUCUAUUCCUUGUUGUGCUCUUCCUCAAACAUGUACUAAUGGCUAUUGCUGGAGAGAAAAGGAGUAAACAAAGCUUUGAUCUGACCCAGACAAGGUGUGUGUUAUCGUGGUCUUCAUUUCACCCUGCCAAGCGAGGCUGAGAGCAUGGGAGUUCCUCUGUCACCUCCUCUGGCUGUCAUUUGCUGUCCCUGAUGCCACGCUGUGAAGCAAGGGGAGAAAUUCUAUCAAUCACAGGUACCAAGCUUUAUUUGUUGUAGCCAAGGAUCCAUUUUACUCUACUACUCAAUUAAUGCAAAUAUCCUGCUAUUAAAGUGCAGCAGUCUUAGCACUGGUUUAACCCAUUAUCUGCCACAGCAAAAAUAUUGAUUCUGGACCUCCACUUUGUUCCUUCAAUGGCAAAGGAGCAUUUGAAUAUUAUUUCAGAAAAGGCUUUUCAAA